GAUUCAACCAACGGAGAGGGAGAGAGAGUCGAUAUCGUAGUUGGGGUAUCCAAUCCAAGGAGCCGAAGGUUGAAGAAAGACCAGCAACGAGAAUCUCUGAAGUUGGUUUGACCAAAAUCACCCGCGACGAUGCCGACGUUGACGAAGCUGUACACAAUGCAAGAAGCGUCGCAGCACAACACCAAAGACAACUGCUGGGUCGUCAUCGAUGGCAAGGUGUACGAUGUGUCAACCUAUUUGGACGACCACCCUGGUGGAGACGAUGUGCUCCUGGCUGCAACUGGAAGAGAUGCCACCGAAGAUUUUGAAGAUGCCGGGCACAGCAAAACUGCGAGGGAGGAAAUGGAAGCGUUCUGCAUUGGGGAGCUUGACACCUCCUCGGAUAUUCCAGAGCUCGAGAUUUUCUCCAAGAAUCAGCCAACUGAUUAUCCAAAGAAGCUCGUGGACUUGACAAAGCGAAACUGGGCUGUUCCUGCGGCUGUUGUUGGCAUCUCCGUGGCUGUCGCGGUCUUGCACUUGCGCAAGAAGUAACCAUCAGAUACAAUUGGCUCUUGUUAUACGACUCAAAGGGAGAGUUCUUCACAAUUUUGAAUAAUUGGGAGAAAACAGCAACCGAGAGAACUGCCCCAUUUUUAUCUAGAUUUUCAUGAUUAUAUUAUUGUUACAAAUUAUAUGGAGAUUGUAUGUCAUUGAAGUUAGGGGAAAUCCAUGGCUUCUGUGUUUGUGAGUCUCCAUUGUUGAAAGAUGGAAAAUUACACUAAAAUAUGCUUUAUUGAAUGUUUAGUGUCCUUUUAGUGAUAA